GCUUAUACCACGCUUAGCACCCUGUCUCAAAUAGUAAUCUGAAAUAAAUUGAUUUCUUCUUUCGAGAAUCACGUGAUAUGAAUUAUUCUGGGAACAAGCUUGCGUGAUGCACAUCACCUGUCACGUGUGGUACCCAUUUUCCAUCAACACUAUCAAUUUGUCACAGAAUCACGUUGGUUGCCUUGUCAGUGUGAUGUUACAUCCAGACGCAUGUUUGAGACGAGUCCAAUAAACUGCUCUCGGCUCGAGUAGCCCGGAACAUUCUACUCUGUUUGGGAAUUAAGUAUCAAAUUCUUUUCUGAGAAAAAUAUUGUUUCGUUGAUUGCACUAUGUCAUGGCAUGUAACGAAAUGCGUGAGUGCCGUGCUGUGCGUGAUGUUGGUUCGGUUCAGCGGAUGUUACGGUGAGAGCGAGUCGUGUGGAGAGUUUACCCACCGCGUGGUGCGUGCUCUCGAUGGGGCACUGGGCUUCUUCAGCCGGGAAUAUGACAAGGUCAACUUGGACGCUUUGGUGGGAGUCCGAAUGGCACAGGGCCAACUCCGAGCUACACUUGCGGAGGUCGAUUUCGGCAAAACACCUGAGCUGGAGACCUUUCGAAACGAGCUAGAGAAGUUGUCCGAUCGGGCCGAGGCUAUCUGUAAUCAGGCCAUCCCCGUGGUCAAACGCCAGUACCCAAAGGAUUACCAAGACUUGGGUAGGCUGGUUAGCGAACACUUUUGGCGUGCUGGGAGAACGGUGAAGAGGCGCCAAACGGACCAGUCUCUCAGUAGCUACCCGCAGCAAGUCGACGGCUGGGAACCCCUCAGUGAACCGCUAACUGAUCGGUGCAUCAGCCAGCUUCUCGGAACAAAAUCCCAGCCAUGUACCAUUACUCCGUUUUGCUGGCUUGCGAUGACGCUUCGAGGCUAUCGUAGUUACUCUCUCAGUCACCAGGUUCUUUAUCUCAUGGUCGGAUCAAUGAUGGGUUGUGACUCUCAUAUGAUAAAGCGACUAAGUCAGCCAGGAAUGGACGCACCGGGUGGGUCGGUGCUAGAGUCGCUCAUGGAUGGGUUCUGCGCUGACGUCUUCAGGGAAGCAAAGGCCACAGCCGAGGAAGCUUACCCGAGCGAUGAUCAAGAUCUCUUCCUGGAACAAGUGCUUCUAUGCGGACUGAAAGGGUACGAGGACUUCUUCCAGUUACCAUGGUUACAGGCUGUGCUCUGUUGGCAGAAUGAAAGCGGAUGCUUCCAAGAUGAUGUCUACCGCCCUCAUGCGACUGAUGAGGAUAAUGCCGAACCCGAUCGUGUCGUUGUGUCCGGUCAUAUCAGGAAAAGGAGACGGGAGAGUGAAGUAAAUGGGACUGGUUGUCUGAUGCACAAGACGGCUGUUGGCACGGGAUUUCUAUCAAUUUACUUACGGAGGCUAAUUGGAACCAUGGCAACUGGAAUAACUAAUACCAACUGUCUCUGACACCAUUUCCGGCUGUGUCAGUUUAAGAAAAGACAAUGCGAACGACGGGGGACACCAUUCGGCGAGGCUGAAGCUGUGAUUUAAAAUGUUGUUUGAAUUUAUACCUGCAUUCCAUUUUAGUUUGACAGUUAUGUGUGAAAUAUUAUGUGCAGAUUGGUGCCGAGGCUCUUUGAAAGUUAAAACGUGAAAAUUUUCCUCAAGUAAUUUUGUCAAACAUAAAUUAGUUUCACGGCUGAUUUCUGGUAUUAGAAACCAAUUAAAGAUUCGUUUAUGAAAGUAAACAUCAGAAAGGUAUUGCAUCAAGUGGGCACUGACAGAAGAUGAUGACGUAUUUCAGAGAUAGGAAAGUAUCAGAGGUCACAGAUUAUGGUAAAGAAUAUGAAUGGACGGUGGAAACACAACCCAACUUUGCAUAAACCAGGAGGAUAAUCUUUGCAUUUAUGUUUCCGUGACAACCAAUUAAGUUACCAAAUUGGUUGUUACAACAAUAACUGGGCGACCCUUUGGCGGUCAUGCAUCAUUCAUGGUAAUUCUAGAAAUUAGGGGUCCAUAAGUGUGACAUUUUUGUGUCCCUGUUAUACAUCUG